GAGGGAGGGAUAGCUGUAGCUUGCUAAUUCUCCUGGACAUAGUAACGUUAUCAAGCAAGCUAGCUCGCUUAGAUAACCAUCUAACGGGGUCUGUCCAGUUCUCAACGAAGCAUUAGCUUGAUAGCUACUUCAAUAAUGGGUGUGGAAAUUGAGACAAUAUCUCCGGGAGAUGGAAGGACUUUUCCAAAGAAAGGACAGACGUGUGUGGUUCACUAUACAGGCAUGCUGCAGAAUGGGAAGAAAUUUGAUUCCUCAAGAGACAGAAACAAGCCAUUCAAGUUCAAGAUUGGCAGACAGGAAGUCAUCAAAGGUUGGGAGGAAGGUGUUGCACAGAUGAGCCUGGGCCAGAGAGCUAAGAUCACCUGCACACCGGACAUGGCGUACGGGGCCACAGGUCAUCCAGGAGUCAUUCCUCCCAACGCCACCCUCAUAUUCGACGUGGAGCUCCUGAAGCUGGAGUGAGGACCACCGCAGAGGGGAGGGGUUGUCGCCCAAGACCGAUCACCCUCCGCCAGGGGUCCCCCACCCCCACGCCCAAUCGAUUUUAGCAUACUAAACCUCUUACUUAAUGUAUCUUCUGCUUCGCUGGCAACUGUGUCAAUUAGAUGUCGAUCGUUGUUCUUAGACUUUUUACAUUUUACCUACCAAUACCAUAAUUAGGCUCCUUUGUUGCAAUGUUUAUAUUUACCCAUUGUAUUUUUCUUCUUCGUUUACAUUUUUAGGUUGUACAUUUCUACUGACUCUGCAAAUGAAAAAAACCUGAAUCCCUCACCACUGAGUAUAUAAAGAGUUAUAAACCACUGCCUUAGCGUACUGUUAAAGUGGAAGUAGGGCGUGAAAGUACAAUAUUCUGUGUUUUAAGGGGCAUUAACAACCACUAUCUGCAUUGCCACUUUUAAUUGAGGUGUGUCCUGCUGAAUGCUGAUAAAAAAUAGUCUUGCUGUGUUUAGUAUAUUUUCUAUGUCCAUCAUAUAAGCUUGCUCUGAUGAAGCCACAGGAAAGAACAAUUGCAUGAUUUCAGGCACAAUUACUGCAUAUUGAAGGUUGCUUUAGUUAUGAGGAUCACAUGCUUCAUCAACCCUUAAUAAAAAGAGUGAGAGGUCUUUAUUCUUUGCCAAUUAAAGGGGCAGGAAUGUAUCUCUCUUAGACUUUCUCAAGAGAAGCCUUUUUGGUUCCUUGAAUGCACAGAAACCCCAGCUGAUGAUACCUAGUUCUGCCAACUCCUCAGAGCAAAAAAGUUGCUAGAUUACCUCCAAAAGUCCCUUUUGUAAAAAGAGGUUUGUAGCUGUUGGCCAAGACGAAAGUUUCCAAAGGCAAAUUCAGCUUAGUUCCCAUAUAUUACCAUCAUUUUUAUGUGCUCAACAUGGAAACCUUUGAGUAUGAUCAACAAAUAAAAUGCCUGUCAGCUUUUUAAAAAUAUCAUUUAGAGAAAAAAAAUCCUUGAAAAGGAUAAAGUCUACAGACUUCUGUGUGUAAACACUGCCAGCACACUGUAAAAGUCUUAAGUGCUGGUGACAAAGUAGUUAAUUUGUCAGCAGUGAGUGAAUGACUAGAAGAUAAGUUGAAUGGUUUUAGGGGUUUUGUCUGAGAUUUUUUUCUCAAGUAUUUUCUUAUCCUCUCACAUUAGCAAGCAUGAGGUUCACAUGGAGGAAGCCUGCUUAAGGCUUAUUUAUUAAGACCUAUAAUUCAGGAAAAAAUAUUACUUCAGUUCAUUCAGACAUUUUGACCAUUUUAAGGGUAACAUUUCAUAAAUAGCGUUACAUUUACAUCUAUUCUAGAAUGUGUUCAACUGCCUGACUGCAAGCUAAAACAGGGGCAUCCAAACUAAAAUCCCUAGCAUUUGUAAGUAGUUCUGCAAGAGAUACAGAGAUAAAGCACAUUUUUUCCUGCACCACAAAAACUGUAGAGUUGAGCCUUUAGGAGUGAAAUAGGGAAAGCUCUGCAUCACAUUACUAUGGCUUCUCUCAGAUCUCCUGGGUCAUCGCACCUUAUGCAUCACCAGUGUUCACAAAGCCAUACUCUCGAAAAGUGUCACAAACAUUAUCCAAAGGAGAUAUUCUGAAACUUGACACCAAAAAAAGGAAAGGAAAAGAAACCAGACUCCAAAGAAAGAAUGUGCCAGUGUUUUUCUAGUUUGGGCACAUACAGAAUUUCUCUCAUUUAGCUCCCCUUCUCAUGAGUUUGUAACCUCUGCUUUUGGGUGGAAGCAUUUGUGUGGUUCACCCAUGCUCAUAUCGUGGUUUUGGUGUGGUAACCCACCAUGCACCCACUGAUUGCUGUCGUUUCGCUGGCUUUUCGAAAGAAUUAAACACGAUCGUCAUUAAAUGAGACAACAACAGUCGUCUUCUCAAUGCAUUCACUGAGGAAUUAUAAAUCCUGCUAGUUAAUUCAGUUUUCUGUGUGGCCCUGCACAGAGACAGUGUCUAUAACCUGCAAAUGCUGGUGCACCGUGGUAAACCUGGAUGUUAUUGAACACACUCUGUCUACAGUUGAAUUCUGUGUAGAAAGGCGUACUGACUUGCAAAUAUACAGCUGUCAUCAAUGGCAUGUUACAAAUGUAUUCGCAAUGUUGCGUGAGAAUGAAUAAAGUACCCUUAA